CACACACACACACACACACACACACACACACACACACACACACACACACACACACACACACACACACACACACACACACACACACACACACACCCAGCCCAGGCGUUGAAUCCAUAAAGACGUAUGAUUGCUUGGUGUUGGUUACAGUUGGCGCCGCUAGGGUGGAGCUCCAGGAAAGAGACGGACUUUGGAGCAGUGUGCCUGGUCAUUUGGUUCACUGACAGAGGAGAGGAGGACUAGUGAAGACCCACCGGUCAUGAGGAACUUUUCAUCUCAAACAUUAUUGGGGACAGAAUAGUCUCGGGAAAUCUCAGUCCUGUCGGAACAUUGUUUACUAACCCGUCCAGAACCACCAACUCUAAAAACAAGCUCAGCCAGUAUUACCAAGCCACAGCAUCUAAUUCAUGAAUUUCCACUUGCUCAUGCAUUGAAGUCACUGGGAGGCUAAGUGAACAUUUGAUUUAAGUGGAAAUUAGGAUUUACCGUUAAGCAAAACCCUGACCAGCAAACAUGCUUCAAACAGACUCGGAGUUCACUAAAACACGAUGGAUCUGUACAAUCAUAGGACUGGGCUUUUACCUGGUGGACAUUGUGACAGAUGUGGCACUAGCAGUGAAGUACUUCCUGGUCGGAAAACUGGUCUGGGCUGGACUGACUCUACUGUUUGUGGUGAUUGGAUCAGCAGCCUCACAGGUCUUCAGCUACACCUGGUACAGAGAUGACAUGAGGAACCCACUGUUUAAUCCUGGUGGAGACAAGCUGAUAUCUGGGAUGAACAGAGGAAGACUGAUUGGACUCCAUGUUAUGCAGAUGGGCAUCUUCACCAGGUACUACCACCUGUUGAAGGCAGGAUACAGGGCGGUGUGGUCCAAGUCACCUGGGACCGUUGAAUUCCCCAGAGAGGUCCACCUGGUCCUGUUUGGUAAGGCGACCGAUCUGAGCAUGCUCAAACUGUUUGAGACGUUCCUGGAGAGUGUUCCUCAGCUCCUCUUCCAGUUGUAUAUCCUGCUGGGCGGUGGACACAAGUCCACAAUACAAUGCAUCUGCAUGGUGGGCUCAUUCAUCAACAUCGCCUGGGCUAUAGUGGACUACCGCCGGUGUCUCCGCCGAUCCUUACCCCAGGUCCGAGAGAUGCCUUCUGGCCUCCCUACCUUCGUCUACCUCCUGUACAAGCUGUUGACCAUCACCUCUCACAUCCUCAGCCUCAGCCUCUUCCUCAUCCUCAGCCCCUACAGUACCCUGGGAAUGGCUGUCGUCUGGCUGGCUGGAACCCUCUGGGCCCAUUGGGUCCGUACUGACUUCUGCAAGUCUAAAGGUCUAGAGAGGCUCUAUCGGAUCAUUGUGGGAGUCGUCCUCGUAUUCACCUUCUUUAACGUGAAAGGACAGGAUACACGUUGGCCGAUGGCUGUGUACUACGUUCUCUUUACGUUAGUGAACUUCUCUGGUCCCUUGCUGCUGGUUCUGGUGAGGCCAGAGUCUAACGAUACUGAUUACUUCUGGCCGGUGACUCUGCUGAUAUUUGGAGGGACCGUUCUAGGGCUGGCCUGUCUGCUCGUGUAUUAUACUGUCUACCACCCCAGAGGGAGGAGUCUACAGGCAGAUGAGGUGGAUGGACACAUGGGACAGGAGAGAGAACCAGAUACAAUGUUGAGAAUGAGGAACUUCCUACAGCUCUGAGGCUCACCUUCCUAUUUACCACAUAUUCAAUGGAGGAGUUAAAAUGACAAUCAGGCAUUUGAAAAACAACAAAGGUGUCACCCAGUCACGUUGUUUUGUUAAACAGCUAAGGGGGAUGGGUUGGAGAAAUGUAACUGCUAAGACAAACUCUGGUUGGUGGACUGUCUAUUUGGUGAACUGUCUAGCUGGUGGACUGUCUAGUUGGUGGACUGUCUAUAUGGUGGACUGUCUAGUUGGUGGACUGUCUAUAUGGUGGACUGUCUAUUUGGUGGACUGUCUAGCUGGUGGACAGUCUAGUUGGUGGACUGUCUAGUUGGUGGACUGUCUAGCUGGUGGACUGUCUAGCUGGUGGACUGUCUAGCUGGUGGACUGUCUAGCUGGUGGACAGUCUAGCUGGUGGACAGUCUAGCUGGUGGACAGUCUAUUUGCUGGAUUGUCUAGUUGGUGGACUGUCUAGCUGGUGGACAGUCUAUUUGGUGGACUGUCUAUUUGGUGGACUGUCUAUUUGGUGGACUGUCUAGCUGGUGGACAGUCUAUUUGGUGGAUUGUCUAUUUGGUGGACUGUCUAGCUGGUGGACUGUCUAUUUGGUGGACUGUCUAGCUGGUGGACUGUCUAGCUGGUGGACUGUCUAGCUGGUGGACAGUCUCGCUGCUGGAUUGUCUAGCUGGUGGACUGUCUAGCUGGUGGACUGUCUAGCUGGUGGACAGUCUAUUUGGUGGACUGUCUAGCUGGUGGACUGUCUAGCUGGUGGACUCUGACUGUCAUCCUUUUAGUUUCUAAGUCACCUCAGCCUUCUUUUAUCUUAUCAGUUUCUGUUCCUCCAGUCUUACAGCUGCUCCCUUUACAGUAAGCUGCUCCCUUUACAGUAAGCUGCAGGCUAGACAGGUUUUGUUAAUUUUGUCUUGUGACAUCAUAUCAUAUGAUCGUUCUCACGCACCCUCAGGAGAUCAAAGUCUCAUUUCCUUUUUUUUUUUUCUGCUCUGAAAGACCCGAACAGGUAAAAGGGACUGUGAUAUUUGUCCACUACAAUUUUGCCUACAGAAUGGUCUCAGCUGAGAUGAAUGAGAGGACAUAUUGAGACACACCGCCUCUUCUAUGUUGAUUCAUGAUGUCAAUACAAACAGAGAACAGAAGGUGACUUCCUUCACAGGUUUACGGCCACCUAGCCUUUUAGGGUAAAGUAAGAAGACGUUGUUAUGGACUCGCUCAAUGAUGUGUUACAGACUCUUUUAUUGAAUGACUGAUGUAUUUCAUCUCUGACAUACUUUCCACAGUGUUAUUCUGUCAUGUGAUCUGUAUUAAGUAUUCUGAUGUUUUGUGUAGUAUUUACCGUCUGUAAAUGCACUUUAAA